GAAGCCACAGCAAGUCCGUGAUUCCCCUCAACCCUAGAUCCUCAAAUCCAUCGUUCCGACUCAGCUGCUUCAUCUCGACGGCACCUCUUCACAGAUCCACCCGGCGCAUCCCGUUCCCGUUGUGCAUCGGCGCGCAGAAACAGUUAGGCGGCUGACUGCAAAGAUGCAGAGAGAGAAGAGGAAGAGGGGCCAUGAAGCUACUCCUCGCCAAACACGCAUCAUAGAGCGAGAGAAGAGGAAAAGGGACGAAGAAGCCAGUCGUCGCUCAAUGGUUUCAAGUAGUAUUUCUCGCCAAACACGCAUGAGAGAGAAGUUGAGAGAGCGAAUGCUGCAAUGUGAGUCAAUGAUUUCUUAUUUGCUGGUUCUUCGCUCUCUUGCAUAUAUUGGUGUAGUUAUGGUGAACUCACGGUCAUUUCUAGUUACCAUUUUAUUAAAUUAGUCAAAAAGGCCGUGGACAGAUGCAAAAAAGAAUUUGAGGAACGAUUUGGAGGUCCUCCCGAAAAACCUGUUUCGGACCGGAGUUUCGAAGAGAAGCCAUUUGGUUCUACAGAUGUGACUCAUCCUUAUUUGUUGGCUUCCACAAUUGUCUCUCUAGCUUUAUACGAUGGAGAUAAGAUGUUAUUUGCAUGCUCGGGUAUAGCUAUAAAACCUAUCAUCACAUCGAGGCCAGAACUAUCAAGAUUUGUGACUUCAAAACGUUUGGUACAGAAUUUGAAGCUAACAGAAACAGAGCUGAUAAAUUGAGGAUUAUUGUGCGCCUUCCCGACAAAACAAGUAUCAAUGGGUUCUUGGGACUUUAUGAUAGCCGUGUUGCUAUUGUCACGUCCUUCUGCUUCACAGAAGUACUUGCUAUAGACCUGCAUGGUCCUAUAGCAUAUCCUACAGAAAGGCGGCAUCCUGCAAUUGUUGGGUGGGCCUUCGGCUCUGGCACAGACUAUUGAAUUAACGGUUGAUGGAGAAAUGCUCCAAGUUCCUUUAACUAUCACAGAGGCAAGCUGUUGAUUAUUUCGUACUUUGUUUGGCACGAUGAAAAAAAUGUGGAACAAAAUUAUUGCGUUGUAAUCCCUACCCCAUUGAUUUUUUCUUUCUAAUUUUGGGCACCAAAGUAAUCUUUUUUGUUGCUGGUGUUUUUUCCUUUGCUAUUCUUACCGCUUUAUUAUUUUUGGUUCUAGGCUGGACUUGGGGGGCCAGUUAUUGAUCAAGCCGGGUACAUGAUGGGAUUGUGCAUUGAGUUUGAUGUCGUCAACCAAAUUACCAUUGUCCUACUGCGUAUGGAGCUUUCUGAACACUUGAAAUAUCUGGAGCAGUUCACCCCAAACUCUACGAACUUCCAUGAAUAUACCUUGCCUGAAAAUGUACACAGCGUAGUCCCAUCAGGAUUUAUGAUGCAUGUUAAAUAUUUACAAGCCGGUGGAUAUCCUAAGCCACCACCACUUAUGCUCGAAGUCUGUGGGAAAUUGUGUGAUACAUUUGAAGAGGUUUUUGGUCAACUUCUUCCUUAUAAGGGCUGUGAUUGCAAUAUCAAUCACCGUACUUCUGGGGAGGAGGUCUGGGCUAAACUUCCGAAAGGUGUUGUUACAAAUAUCGGCCGGCGUGUUGUCACACUUUCUUCAUACGAUGGAGACGUGAGAGUUUUUGCAUGUACAGGCCUACUUAUAAAGUGGCAUAAAAAUGGCACGCCUGUUAUUCUGACUUCGGCCAGUUUGGUUAGAAGUCUGGUUGAUGAAGACAAGAUUGAUGAAAAAAUGAAGAUUAAAGUAUUUCUCCCACCGAAACAGAUCACUGAUGGGACAUUGGAACUGUACCAUUCAGAUUAUAACAUUGCUGUCAUCAAUGUUCAGAAGUGCCUAUAUGGUAUUCGUCCGGAGAAUAUUUUCCGCAAGGUGAAAAGACCACGUAGAGAAGUGGUAGCUAUAGGGCGCGAUGUUGAUGAUGGAUUAUUAAUGGGGACAAUUGGUAAAGUGAUUAAGACGCCUGCGAACAGACCUUGCAAACUUAACUGCAAAGACCUUAAGCUGUCUACAUGUAAAAUCAAGAAGGCUGGGAUUGGAGGACCCCUUGUUAAUUUCGUUAAUGGAUCUUUUGCUGGCAUGAACUUCUAUGAUAGAACUAAUAGAACUCCUUACCUGCCAAGGAGAAUCAUUGUACAAGUUUUAAGGGGGAUUGAUCUCCCAUCUCAAAGAGGAAUAAACCAUCCCACAGACAUAAUGGGUGAUGCCGCAGUUAAGGAAAACAGGUGGCCGGUUCCUAAACCAUAUUGGUAUCAUCCUCUAUUCGAUGAGGAUCCUCCUCUGCGUUUUGUUGGAAGGCAACUCCACUAGUGCUAUCGCUGCCCCAACUUAUUUCGAUGUCCCAAUUCUACUAAGUAUUUUAAUGUGCUACUCCCUCCGUCCCAUAAUGUAAGACGUUUUUUGACACUAGUGUACUGUCAAAAAACGUCUUACAUUAUGGGACGGAGGGAGUACUUUGUAAAUCCUGUUACAUCAUGUUGUUCUAAUGGCUCUGCAUAAGUUUAUAGUAAGUACUGUACCAGUUUAAUUUCCAACAUGGGCAUAAAUAUUCCAGUGGUUGAACAUCAGUUAUGUCAAACAUACUUUUUCUUAA